AUGUUUCUUCUGAAGAUUCUUGCUGUGUUAUUGGUAAUUCAAGUUACCAAAUCUGAAGAAUGGAACGGCACGAGGAGAGAAGAGUUUCCAUUUGUCGUUAAUAUUCUAAAAUCUGAUGCACAACAAUCACGGAUUUAUUUGUGUAAUGGCGCACUUAUCAAAGAAAACUAUGUUAUAACGAGUGCCAGUUGUGUACCUGAGAAGGAUGGUAAAUACGUUAUUAGAAUUGGCAGGAAAGAAAUUUAUGUCAGUAAAACAAUCAUUCACGAAAACUAUGUAAAUGACUUCUUUGUUAAAGAUAAUGACAUUGCUAUCUUACAAUUGGAAGAAAAAAUUGAACUCAACGAAUUGAUAAAUAUUGUAAAAUUGCCCUCAUCUAAAGAAACUAUUAACAAAGAUAUAAAAAGUAUCCUCGUUCGCUCCACCGAUGAUGGAACAAUAUAUGAGCCACUGCAGUCGAUUGUGGCUAAUAUCACCGAAAAUACUUUUUGUCAGCUAUACUUGAAGAAAAUGAACGCUAUACUGCCUGGAUCGCAAUUUUGUAUAUCUCCAGGCAUAGAAUAUGGCUCUGGUCCUUUUUACGAGUCUGGCUUACCUUUGGUUCAAAAAGAUGACAGCGGCGAAACUGUGCUCAUAGGAAUUAUCACUGAUAAGCAUAAUGUAUUUACACAAGUUUUUUUGUACAUCGAUUGGAUAAAUGGUACAAUAAAUGACGACGCAGAUACAAAAUAUUAGAGUUUAUCUUAUAACAACGAAGUACCCUUAAGAUAUUGAAAUUCGGGUAAGUGAUUGAUACUGUUAACAUAUUUUGUCAAAGUGAUUUUCAUGUGUGAUUUUCUAUAGAAGCCUUAUCGACAAUGAUGGAAUAAGAUGAGACGGCAUAGAUGUUAUUUACUUUUAUGUAUCAUAUGCGUAUCUUUUGUUGUAUGAAAAACUAUUUCGAAACAUUUUAAUAUCAAAAAAUUUGUGAAUGUAAACUUAAUUUAGAUUUUUGUUCCUCGUAUUGUAAAAUUCA